AUGGCUGUGGAUGGCAGAGCCGUUGGAGCAUCCACCUUGGCGCUGGCUCACACCCUGCUGGUCAGCAUGGCUGCUGGGAAGGGUGCUGUGCGGAGCUCUUCAGCUGAAAACAGAUGGCGGCUUAGUGAAGCCGACCAGGGCAGGGGUUGCAAGCCAGUGCUGCUGGCGAAAACCAACCACCUGGGCUCUGAGGCUGCCACAGGCGGUGGGGGCCAGCAUGAGGCCUAUGCUGAGCUGGUGCUGUCAGCAACCCCAGGCAAACUCAGACUGGGAAAGCCAAUGGCCCAGAAGGUGUGCUGGGAACAGGGGCAGAGUGCCUUCACGGAGGUGCCUCGGCUCAAGAAGAGGCUGGAGGGUGCGCAGGCCAAGGAGAGGGAGCAUGGUAACCCCACAGGCUGGCCUGUCCCCCAGCAGCUGACACAGGAGAUCCCCAGGGAUCCAGCUGGCAGCAAGGUCUUCUCUUGGCCCAGCGGAGCCCAAGGGGAACCGAGAAGCGCCUUCAGCAAACCAUCCAGGUGUCCAACAGGGAGACCUGGGCCAACCUCUGCCUUCCAGGCAGAGGGACACGCAGAUGCCCUUGGGGAGCUGUUGGGACUCAUCAACACGGUAGAUGUCCCUUGUUGGGGUCAGCUUUCAAAUUCUAAGUUUUUGGUGGGUGAUUUCUGGAACCUGCAAACGUUGCCACAAAAUGUUCCUGUCUGCAGUGCUUUCAUGGGUGCCCCCACACUGUGGCUAAAGCAUGCCACUGGCCAGAUACCCACACACUCAUCCUCCUCCUCCCCUGCCUCUUGGGCUCUGCUGCGACCCACGUUCACCUCCCUGGGCCUGUCCACCCAGAACUGGUGUGCAAAGUGCAACCUGUCCUUUCGCCUGACCUCCGACCUGGUCUUCCACAUGCGGUCCCACCACAAAAAGGAGCAUGCAGGGCCUGACCUACAUUCUAAGAAGCUGAGGGAAGAGGCCCUCACAUGUCCCAUUUGCCAUGAAUACUUCCGGGAGCGCCACCAUCUGUCUCGGCACAUGACUUCUCACAGUUAG